UUGGUCCGACCCCCCCCCCCAAAAAAAAAAUGGGUUCUGGAUCCGCCAUUGCGGAGGCCGAAGGGCUCUCACUUUCACAUCAACGGAAGGUGCCCCCUUUUCUGGAUAAGUGCCCCUUUUUGGUGUCUCCCCCCCCCCCCCGUUUGAAAAGCGUUCCGCCGCCCCUGUGCCUAAUGGAGGUCAUAAACUACUACCUGGCGAUGUCUAUAUGGGUUCCAUAUCCCAUAAAAGAUAUCAAAAAAUUGUCUUAAAACUUCUGUGCAAUUUGCAUUGACCAGGGUGUCUUACAAACACAGACGGAUAUUGCAUACUGUGUAGGAGUUAAAACCCCAUAGAUCUUAAAAGUCUCGAAAAAGGUAUUUCAACCUCAUGAGUCGUAUAGCAUUAAAAAUGUGUCGUAACCCUUAAAGGUAUCAAAAGGUCUUAUGAUGACACUAAAAGGUCUGUAACCGAAAAGGUCUGUCACCUAUCUUCAGAUAUCCCAAAAAGGUCCCUGCCCCUUUGAGGUAUCGCGCGUUUCACCAUAGAAUGCUUCAGAAGGUCUCCUAACCUUGGAAGAUCUCAACCGUAGGGGGUUUAUAUCCGUUCAGGUCUCACUCUCGGAAGGUCUUACACCCUCGGAAGGUUCUUAACCCCAGAAAAUCUUUAAACAUCAAGCGGUGUUAUGACUCAGCGGGAUCAAUGAUCAACUUCCAAUAGCACCUAAUGCAACAAGCACCUUUGCUGAUACAGGGGGAGAAUGAAGAAGAACAAAACCUUCGAUUUGAGUGACAGAUAGAAUUAUAUAGACAUAACCCAGAGGUCAAGGUAGCUAGGUCGCUAGCUUGGCAGUCCAUUGUGCUUGUACUGAUUUGCGGGGGGAAAUGAUAUUGUACUUUGGGUAGGACUACUGCCUCCUGAUAAGCACUGACGUCAGACCCAGACUGUGUGUGUGUGUAUAAAAAGACCAGAAAAUUUUCAAAUUGUGCAGUAUCACCACCGCUUGGACAACGAGUAAACAUAACACUGCUCUGACAUAUUUUCUGAGGAAAAAGCGCCGAGAUGAUUUGGCAAGUAUUUGGCAUUUUAUUUGUCACUGCUUUCUUAUGGAAGCUUCUGGCAUCACUAAAUAAGAUCUUGAGUGAGCGGGGUGCCAUAAGGAAGCUGCCUUGUCCACCAGGAGCGCACUGGCUUUUCGGGCACCAAAAGCAGGGUCCUUUUGACCCCGGCUAUAAGUGGCUGCUGGACACCGUGAAGGCGUUCCCUCGUGUCUUCACCUUGUGGCAGGGAGUGCUUCCUCUGCCAGUGCUAGUCCAUCCGGACACCAUCAAGCCGCUACUGACAGGAGCUGUAGCCAACACGAAAUCCGCCUUCUACGACCUCUUUGCUGACUGGGUUGGUGAUGGGCUUGUGAGAUCCAAAAGUGCUAAAUGGAAGAGGAACCGCCGUCUCCUGACCCACUCGUUCCACUUGGACGUCCUGCGUACCUACACUCCCGUGUUUAACGACUGCGUUGAGGUGCUUAUUGGGAAGAUGGACCAACUCGCUGCCCAGGGCAAACCCAUAGACGUCAAUCAUGAGCUUGUCCUUUGUACCUUUGAUGUCAUCCUAAGAACUGCCUUCUCUUACAAGUCGGAUUGUCAGGUUCAGGCUCUCCCUAAAGAGGAUGGGAUUGAUGUUCUGUCUGCAUGUGAUACCAUGACGUGGUUUAUCCAGGAACGCAUGUUCCACAACAAAUUGCUUACUGUCCCUUGGAUUUUCCGACUUAGUUCCGGUUACCCAAAGUAUAAGAAAGCCUUCGAGUACCUCCGCAAAAUCGCCAAACGUGGGAUCCAAGACAGGAAGAAAGAAAUAACCGAUAAGAUAGAAGCAGGUGAUCCCCUUACCACACCCCGCGAUUUCCUAGACACGCUUCUCAUGGCCAAAGAUGAAGACGGCAACGGCUUCACCGUGGAGGAAAUGGCGGAUGAAGUCAACACUUUCAUGUUCGCUGGCCACGAGACCACGGCAACUUCCAUGACGUGGCUGCUGUACAAUCUGGCUAAGUACCCUGAGCACCAAACGAAAAUAAGGGAAGAGGUAGACGAGAUACUGGGUGAUAGAGACUCGGACAGAAUUAUCACCAAGGACCUAAAUCGCAUGGCGUACACGACCCUGGUCAUGAAGGAGUCCAUGCGAAUGAUGACAGCUGGUCCAUUGGUAAGUCGCGUCCUGACUGCUCCGUACACUAUAGACGGCGUUACACUCCCCGUUGGAACCAUGCUAGGUAUAUCUAUUCACCAGCUUCAUCACAACCCGAGCGUCUGGGGAGAAGACCAUAUGGAGUUCAAGCCAUCUCGGUUCCUGCCGGAGAACCUCGCCAAGAUGGAUCCCUUUGCCUUCCUUUCGUUCUCUGCCGGGAGCAGGAACUGCAUCGGGCAGCAGUUCGCACUGAACAAGAUCAAAGUAUUCGUGGCUAGGAUCCUGAGGCGGUUCCGUCUCAGCCUGGUGCCGGGAGACCCAGCACCGGUUGCCAACAUGACCGUUGUCUCUAAACCCGUCAUCCCGCUGUAUAUCCGUCUGCAGCAAAUCAAUGGGAAAUCUUAAAGGCAUUGCCCAACCAUGUCAAUAACUCAAACACAUUGAUUGCUAAUCAAUCAAGCAUUUUUACAUAGAUAUAUAGUAGUGUACAUGUACUCUUACAAAUCUAACUGAAGUAAUAAUUGAAGACAAUCGAUCUUCGAGUAGACUUAGGGUUUAGUUCGUGCUAAACCUGAGUGUUUCAUCAUGCGACAUGCGCUAAGUAAUGGAUUUUCAAAAAUGGUGUAUGAUUUUACCAGACAUUUACUUAUGAUCUGUGCUUUAAGCCUUUAUAAAGGCUUCACUGAAAUAGGUUGUUUAGCGUUUGUUUGCGGUGUAUAAACAAAACAAAUAACUUGAAAGUCUAUAGUUUAGAACUCCAUUGCAACCCGUCAACAGUUUAUUAUAGUCACGCUAGGUAUGUUUUCAGGUUCCCCCUCCUGUUAUUGUGGUACAGACGCAUCCGCAAAAGUGUCAGUUCGUUAGAAUAAUGUUUACACAUGUAUUUUGGAAAAUACUGCAUUUUUUAAUGCGGCAUUGUAGUCUAAGAUCUUGAAAGCUGCAAUUCGCCGGUGCAUGAGCAAGUUAUUCUAAGGUAGGUUUUUCUUCAGUUUAAAAAACAAUUACUAUACAAAUAGUCUACAAACCGAAGUCUUCUUUUUUAACACCAGGCGCAUGUGGAUUUAGGGUCUAUUAUUGCCUCUCAAGGCUUUCUCUCUUUCCUUAAGUGAGUGAUUGAAGAUCAUUGAUGCAAGUUUGAGUGUAGUGCUGGCUUUAUGUGUCUUUUUGCUUUACGUUCGCUUAUUAAAUAUACAUGUACCUUUAUCGUGCUACCAUCAUUUCAGUCAUGUUCCCUGUAUCCAAUAAUAGUACUGAGUGAUGUUUUUGUGCAAAAAGUAUCCAGAUUAUCUUUCCUUCCAGCCUCGUUUUGGUUUCGUUGAUUUGAA